GUCGGCCGCGCGUGCGCGCUGGGAGGGGCGGGGCGGGUGCGCGGGCGGGGAGUGGCCGUUGGGAUCGCGCGGAGGAGCGGUCGUUGUGCGGGCGGUCGUGGCGCGGCUCCCCCCCGCAGGGGUGUGAACGGCGUUUGCGUUGACUCCGGGCUAAGAGACCUACGGGCUUCCCGCUGAAAUACCCACAAAACGCGUUGCGUUGGCUGGGCCCCUCUCCCUGGUAGCUGUACUCCUUCCUUCCCUAGAGAUGGAUUUCGCAGUGGUUAAAAAAUCCUCGGCGUUGCACCCUAAGCCCGCCGGGCUCGCUCUUCAGUACGGCACCGCCGGGUUCCGCACCGAGGCAGAGCGGCUCGAUCAUGUCAUGUUCCGCAUGGGCUUACUGGCGGUCCUCAGGUCCCGAGCCACCGCCUCCACCAUUGGCGUCAUGGUCACCGCAUCUCACAAUCCUGAGGAAGAUAAUGGUGUAAAGCUGAUUGAUCCUCAUGGUGAAAUGUUGCAUCCUUUGUGGGAAGAAUAUGCUACACAGCUAGCAAAUGCAGAGGAGCAAGAAUUACAGAAAGUAAUGACUGAAAUCUGCCAAAAAGAAGCGGUGGACCUACACAAAGAUGCUUUGGUUUUUAUUGGUAGAGACACCAGACCAAGCAGCAAGAAACUUUCCCAAUCAGUGAUAGAUGGCAUCUCUGUUCUAGGUGGACAGUACCAUGAUUAUGGUCUGGUGACAACACCACAGCUACACUACAUGGUCUGCUGUCAAAACACCCAAGGACAGUAUGGGAAAGCAACACUGGAAGGUUAUUACCAAAAACUGUCCAAGGCUUUUGUAGAACUGAUCAAACAGGCUAAUUCUAGCAGCUCUGGAGAUAGUCAAAGGCAUCUGAAGAUUGACUGUGCCAAUGGAAUAGGAGCUCUGAAACUAAUGGAAAUGGAGCGCUACUUCCCAAAGGAGGUACUAAUUCACCUCUAUAAUGAUGGAACCAAGGAGAAGCUUAAUCACUUAUGCGGUGCAGAUUAUGUAAAAGUUCAUCAGAAACCACCUACAGGACUAGAUAUGAAGCCUAAUGAGAGAUGCUGCUCACUUGAUGGAGAUGCAGAUAGGAUUGUUUAUUACUAUAAGGAUACAGCUGACCAUUUUCAUCUAAUUGAUGGAGAUAAAAUAGCAACUUUAAUUAGUAUCUUCCUUAAAGAACUUCUUGUCAAGGUGGAACAGACUUUGAAGAUGGCAGUGAUACAGACGGCAUAUGCCAACGGGAGUUCAACACGCUACCUUGAGGAAACAAUGAAGGUACCUGUUCACUGUGUCAAAACAGGAGUGAAACACCUACAUCACAAGGCCCAGGAGUUCGAUGUUGGUGUGUACUUUGAGGCAAAUGGACACGGCACAGUAUUAUUUAGUAAAGCUGCUGAAACUAAAAUAAGACAACUGGCAAAAGAGGAAAAAGAUGAUGAAAGAAGAGAAGCAGCAAAGAUGCUUGAAAACACGAUUGACCUGUUCAAUCAGACAGUUGGCGAUGCUAUCUCAGACAUGCUGGUUAUUGAAGCAAUCCUGGCUUUGAAAGGUCUUACCAUGCAACAGUGGGAUGCCAUCUACACUGACCUUCCAAAUCGGCUACUCAAAGUUCAGGUUGCAGACAGGCACCUUAUUGACACAACAGAUGCAGAAAGGCAUGUGGUUGCACCCCCAGGACUACAAGAGAAAAUUGAUGCACUUGUAAAGAAGUACAAAUCAGCACGAGCAUUUGUCCGUCCAUCAGGAACAGAAGAUAUAGUUAGGAUAUAUGCUGAAGCAGACAAACAGGAGAAUGCUGAUGCCCUUGCCCAUGAAGUAAGCCUGGCUGUUUACCAUCUCGCUGGUGGAGUAGGAACACCACCCCAGCCUGUAUAACAAAGGAUACAACUGCAGUUAAAGUUCCUAACCUGAUUUAGUCAAUAUUACUUUAUUAUUUGUUAGUGUGGACAUACCAAGCCAUUCUUGAUUGUAAAAGGGAUUAAAUGGGACUGAGCACAA